AGGUAGAUUAUCUAGUCGUUGUGUUUUCUGAAUGUAAUCAUGUUAUGAAUAAAAUUUAAAUUACAUUGAUGUUUUGCGCGGGAUUGCAAAAGCGAUUCGAGUUGUAUUUAGGUUACCAUCGCAAAAAAAUGUUAUUUUCAAGGAACCAUUCUACGUGAAUGAAAUUUACAGUUAAAUUUGUUAUGAUCUAAGACAUUUAUAUGUCUCAGUUCGAGUCUUGUUUCAUGACACUUUUAAUAACGAUUGUGCAUGAUUUUGAAACAUAGUGUUGUGUGAGGAGCAUGUUUUUCUUUUUUAUCGAAAUUUCUCGUGUAUAAAGAUUGUUGAAAUUGCAUUCGUGAAAAUUAUUAGUUAUGUCGGAAGGUACUAGAGCAAUUUCAAGGCCAAAAGUUAGAUUCUCCCAAUUUUCUGACAAUGUACAAAACAAGGAAGAGGACGUUGAAUGUAAAGACAAGACAGUUUUGCCAGUGAAUGGUCCAAAAAUUAAAAGUAUCGUGUCUCUCAAAAAACCUGUUAGAAUUGUAGACCCUAAGAAAUGUACAACUGUUUGCGAUAAAGAUAUACCACAACGUGAUAUAGAGACUCAUUGCAGCGAUAUUACACCUGAAAAUGUUCAAAGUACAUGUACAUCUAACAAAGAUGUCUCAAAAAUUGACACUUCAAAGAUUUUACGCAAUGCAAAUGGCAUCCAGAACAUAAAAGAAAAUUGCAACACAUUGAGAUCAAGUAAAAGUCCACAGAAUAUUUUAAAAGAUCAUAGAGAAAGUAUUCGACAAAAGGGAAAAGAAAACAGAGACACAAUGUUGAAAAAAGUUGUAUCUGUAAAAAGUUUUAAAGAUAUGAGCAAGACAAGAGGAGGAAGCUCUCAAUGUAUACAAUCAGUUAAACAAACUGGAAAGUGUAAACUUCCUACAAAUAACAAUAUACAGAAAAUAAGUACUAUGGAUUCUCAAAAUCCAAAGAUGACAAAAUCAUCAUCCGCACCAAGCAUUUUAAAGAAGACAAAAAAUCAAACAUUCAAAGGGACAAAUAACGCAAAAUCUAUUACACCAAAUGUUAUGCCAUGUUACAAGAUUGCAGCUAAAAAUAAGAUAUCUCCAGUUAAGAAAACUAUAUUACGUAAUGUAUCAGGUCCUAAAAUCAAAACUUCUGUAGGGCCAGGAAUCUCUCAUAAAAAGAAAAAUGAUAUAAAAACAAGUGAUGCAAAUAAAAAACAUACUGUUACAUUAAAUGUUGCAGAAGAAUUGGCACAACCAGGAUAUAAUUCCAUUGCUUGUACACUUAAUAAAUUGAAAGAACUUAAACAACAGAAAGUUGUUAGAGAUAUCAAUCAUUUGACAUCUGCACAAAAGAGUUUUAUAAGUGGAAAGAUUUCUGCAGCACUGGAUUUUCCAUUGGACGAGGCAAUUUAUAAAAAUCUAGUAGAUUUAAGCAUAGAUGAGAAACAGUUGCCAUCUACUAUUUUACGAAGUAAGGAUCCAGAGCCACGGCAAAGAGAUAUUACACCAAAACUUUCCGACUUUUUUGUACCUGAAAAUACAAAGGAAAUUUGCGAGGCUGUCCACAUUAAACCUCGAGCUCCGAAAAUGGAUGAAAAUUGGAAUGCUUUUAAAAUAAGUGAUAAAAUACUUGAAUGGAAACAUAAUAUGGAUGAUGUAUAAAAUAGCAUGCAUCUGUGUAUUUUUAUUUGACAAUGUGUAAAAUUUUAGAAAUUACUAAUAUAAACAAUAAAUACUAAGUAAGUGAAAGAGGAUAUAAAAACAAUUGCCUAGUAACAACACACAAUUGUAAUUUACUUGAUAUAUUUUAAUA